AUGCCAAUUUUUCGUAAAAACAGAAACAGGCCUAAGCCGGCCAGCUACGAAGUGCUGAAAAAUAACGUGGACUACGGUACGCGCAGUAUUGAGCAGUUUCCCCGGCCAUAUAGCUGCCAGCUAACACCGUACCGUGAGGUGGAUUUCAGCGGGCGAACGAAACGGGCAGCUCAGGCUGUCGUUCCAUUCCUGUUGGGACCGUGUAAGGCCAUCUUCAUCGGCGAUGUGGCAACCGGCAAGACAUCGCUAGUGAAUCGAUUUUGUCACGAAACAUUCCAUGAUCACUACGCCGCCGCUAUUGGACUAGACUUUGAGGUGGAACGGUUUCAGAUUCUCAAACAAUCCUACUCCUUACAGAUUUGGGACACCAAAGGCCACGAGCAGUUUCAGUGUAUCGCCCAAUCGUACUAUCGGAAUACAAACACCAUCGUUGUAGUGUUCGACAUGACCCGUCCGCAAUCACUGACCAACGGCAAACGAUGGUUAAAGGAGGCACUACGACAAAACUCUGGUCCAGUAUUGAAAUUCCUCGUCGGUACCAAGAAAGAUCUUCUCAACAACCAAGCGCUCUGUGAUGUUGAACUGGAAGCGAUCAAAAUGGCGUACGAAAUAAACGCCGAAUACUGGCCGGUGUCCGCGCGGACCGGGGAGAAUGUUACCGAUUUUUUCCGCCGACUGACAGCCCUUGCCUUCGACCAUAGCGUGCAGCGGGCGAUGGACACCAACGACACGUUGUUGCAAACAACCGGAAAUAGUUUGCUAAAUCUUUACUUCCUGAGGAAGGAGAAGAAGAAGAAGAAGUUUCUCAAAUGCUUCAAUUGCACAAUAAAUUAA